GCGGCGCCGGGAACCGGAGCGACUUCGCGGGCGCAAGUCUCGCUCACCAGCUCGUCGUUCGUGCUCAAGGGAGACGCGACGCACAACCAGGCGAUGGUGCAUUGGACGGGCGAGAACAGCAGCGUGAUCCUGAUCCUGACCAAGUACUAUCACGCGGAUGCGGAGAAGGUGCUGGAAAGUUCUCUGUGGCGGUCGUCGGACUUCGGGACGACCUACACCAAGCUCGCCAUCCAGCCUGGCUUCACCACCGUCAUCGACAGCUUCUUCAUCUGCCCCGCCAACAAGAGGAAGAUCCUCUUCCUCAGCUCCUCGCUCAGCAGUGGGGAGCAGAACCUGUUCCUGAGCACGGACGAGGCCACCACCUUCCAGAAGCAGCUUGUGCCCUUCACCGUGGACAAGCUGAUCUUCCACCCCAAGGACGAGGACAAGGUCCUGGCCUACACCAAGGAGGGCCAGCUCUACGCGUCCUGUGACCUGGGGAGGAAGUGGCUGCUGCUGCACGAGCAGGUGACCAAAGACCACGUGUUCUGGGCUGAGUCUGGAGUGGGCGCCGGCCCGGACCUGGUCCACAUGGAGGUCCAUGACCCCGCAGGAGGCAUCCGGUUCGUCACCGCCCACGUCCGCAACUGCUCCAGCCGGACGCUGAGCUCGCUGUUCGCAGGCCCCAUAGACCACCGGUCCCUGCUCCUGCAGGACGAGUACAUCUUCUUUAAGGCAACCUCAAGCAACCAGACCAAAUACUACGUGUCUUACCGUCAUAACGAGUUUGCCCUAAUGAAGCUGCCGAAGUACGCGUUGCCGAAGGGUGAACAGGCCGCGUGUGGAGAGCUCUUGGCUGGGGCUCUUGGCCGGGCCAUCGGGUGGGGGGCUCCGGCCAGGUCCCCAGGGCCCGUGUUUCUGUCCCAGGUGCACGGGGUGAAGGGCGUCUUCCUGGCGAACCAGAAGGUCAACGGGAAGGUCAUGACGCUCAUCACCUACAACAAGGGCCGCGACUGGGACCCCCUGAGGCCGCCCAGCGAGGACAUGAACGGGAAGCCCACCAGCUGCCAGCCCCCCGACUGCCACCUGCACCUGCACCUGCUCUGGGCAGACAACCCCUACGUGUCGGGCACCGUGCACACCAAGGAGACGGCGCCCGGCCUCAUCAUGGGUGCAGGCAACCUGGGCUCCCAGCUGGUGGAAUACAAGGAGGAAAUGUACAUCACGUCAGACUGCGGGAGGACCUGGCGGCAGGUGUUCGAGGAGGAACACCACAUCCUGUACCUGGACCACGGCGGCGUGAUCGUGGCCGUCAAGGACAGCUCCAUCCCCUUGAAGAUCCUCAAGUUCAGCACGGACGAGGGCCUCACGUGGAGCACCUAUAACUUCACCGACACCUCCGUGUUCGUGGACGGGCUGCUGAGCGAGCCGGGCGAGGAGACGCUGGUCAUUACCAUCUUCGGCCACAUCAGCUACCGCUCCGAGUGGGAGCUGGUCAAGGUGGACUUCCGGCCGUCCUUCCCCAGGCCCUGCCGCGCCGAGGACUACAGCGCCUGGGACCUCACCAACCUGCAGGGCGACGGCUGCCUCAUGGGCCAGCGCAGGAGCUUCCGGAAGAGGAAGGCCGCGUCGUGGUGCGUCAACGGGAGGAACUUCACGUCGGCGCUCACGGCCCAAGUGUGCCCGUGCCAGGACUCCGACUUCCUCUGCGACUAUGGCUUUGAGCGCUCCCUGUCCGACACCAACAAGUGCUUUGCCAACUUCUGGUUCAACCCCCUGGCGCCCCCUGACGACUGUGUCCAGGGCCAGACCUACACCAGCAGCCUCGGCUCUGGCUCCCUGGCUCCCAGCUCUGGCUCCCUGGCCCCCAGCUCUGGCUCCCUGGCCCCCAGCUCUGGCUCCCUGGCUCCAGGCCUGCGUGUUUGGAGGAGGAGCGAGGGGAUGAACCCAGUGCCUCCGGGUUUCCUACAGGGCGACGUCCUGACCACCAAGUACCAGGUGGACCUCGGGGAUGGCUCCACGCCCUUGCCCGUGAACCUCACGCUGCGAAGGGAGCGCAUCCGGCACCGCUACGAGAGCCCCGGCGUCUACCGCGUGUCCGUCCGAGCGGAGAACGUGGCGGGGCGCGACGAGGCGGUGCUCUUUGUCCAGGUCAACCCCCCCCUGCAGGCCCUCUACCUCGAAGUGGUUCCUGUCGUCGGCAUCAACGAGGAGGUGAACCUCACAGCCGUGCUGCUGCCCCUGAACCCCAACCUCACUGUCUUCUACUGGUGGAUUGGCCUCAGUCUGCAGCCCUUGCUGUCCCUGAAUAACUCUGUGGCGACGCGGUUUGUGGACCCGGGGGACGUGCGUGUGACGGUGCAGGCGGCCUGCGGGAGCUCCGUGCUGCAGGCCUCCAAGGUCGUCCGCGUGCUGGAUCAGUUUCAGGUGGUGCCUCUGCAGUUUUCCCAGAACCUGGACACGUACAACCCCAACACCCCUGAGUGGAGAGAGGACGUCGGCCAGGUGGUCAGCUGGCUCCUGGCCAAGGUACGCUCACCCCCCGCCCCCAGGAAACGCCCGGACAGGACGGUGUACGCUCAGAUGCACAACGCGAAGGAGCAGGAGAUGACCAGCCCCCUGGGCCACAGCCAGGGCGUCCCGGGCGCCGUCCAGCGGAACCACUCGGGCGUGGUCCUCAGCAUCAACUCCCGCGAGAUGCACAGCUACCUGGUGAGCUGAUGGCUGCGGGCGCCCUGAGCCUCCUCCCCUCCGGGGCCCCCUCCCCG